AAAUAUCUGUUAUUUCAAUUUUAUCAGGGACUUAUUGUUUUUGUAAUAUUAUGAAUUUGAAUUAAAGUUUUUAAAAUAUCAUCGGUAUACCAUACUUGAUCUAUAUAUUAAGAGGAUUUGGGAUACAAACCGUUUUAAUACUUGGAAAUGGAGUUAGCAGACGCAAUACCGGUUACUUUCAAAGAAAUUACUCCAAGUUAUUGCUUGCCCGAUAAAUGGAAAGAAAUCACUUUAAAUACUGGUGGUACUCACAGUACGUUGCAAGAUAUAAAACUACCUCAAAAAGCUGGUGGGUAUUGGUAUAGAGAUUCUGAAAAGAGUAGCACAAGGAACAGAUUCAUAUAUUGGCAAACUACAUCAGAUGCAAUUGAACUAUCAGAGGCAUCUUUGGAUGUAAAUAUUUCGAAUUGCAAUUUAAGAUGUAAAGUGGCAUCAGGCACACCACCAUUAAACAACAUAUCAUUUUAUGAAAAACCAUCAUCUCAACAAGUCAUAGUAUUGGCUGCUACUGUGUCUUCUGUUCAUAGAUUGAUAUUUCCACACCCAGACAGUCUAGAUAAAAAGGCUAUUUUUGGAGCUCUCAGCAAUACAACAUCAUCAAUAUUUUAUGACACAAGCGACAUUAAUAAUCCAAAUAACUACUAUAUCCUAAAUCAGUAUUCAACAUCAAAUACAGGUGUUGCUCAUUCAUGUUCAUCAAUAUUAAGAGACAAUGGGGAAGCUGUGUUUGCCCUGGCAUUUGGUUAUGGUGGAGAAGGAGGACUAUUACUUGUCAAACUACCUGUUACUGGUGCUGCUGUCACUACAGUUUUGAAACGGGAGUCUAAUGUGCCUAGGUUUUUGUCGGGACUAACUGGAGCUUUGAGGGGUAAAGCGAGCACAGAAGGUAUAGAAACAUAUGGAGUUGUUCUGACAAAUGGACUUGCUAUUGUUAUCUGUGGGGAUACAUGUCUGCGUGUCUGGCAUUUUGAUGAGGGUGGAGCACCAAUAUCAGUAUCAGCUCCUUUAUCACAAACAGUAGCCAGACCUAAGCCACCUCCGCACAGUCACAUGCUUCAAAGUACAAAAGGAUUGGAUGGCAGUACACUUUUAGUUGCAUAUCUUUCAUUCCCCAAUGAGUCAAAAUUUAUUGUGAUGAAAAUGCAUGACGCGGGCACUGCCGGAGUCAAAUUUUCGCAAAUUCAUCAUAUUAUGGGUCCUAAGCUGGAUCUCCUUGAUUAUACAAUUGGUUAUGGUGACAACAGUCACGUUAUUUGGGCUUUAUGGUCACAACCUGAUGGAGAUGCUGUCAUAACAAGUUGUGCCAUCGGUCCUGACGUUUCUUGGCGUGCAGUGGCCAGUAAGGAGCCAUUGUCUCCGCUGCCACAACUAUCGUCUCAUCAACAGUACCGCGAUCGCUUGUUAGCUCCUGGACUAUUUCCCACGUCCGUUAUAAAAAAGGCACUUGUGAUUUAUCGUCGCACGUGGGGUGGUAACGAAUCAGUAAUGGAAACUGAAUUUGGCGAUAGCUGCGUAAGCGCAGUGCAGACACGAUUAAGAAAUCUUACUGCGCGGGCCGCUGCGCCUGACCACUCGCAUCUUAUGCACAAAUGCUGGUCGGAUUUGUAUAGUUGGUGUAUGCAGUAUAUGGAAGGUUUACAAAAGCCAUUGGGGUUAAUGGUUUCUAAACAUAAGGCUGACGGCGAGAUAGGCUGGUGGUGUGCUGUAGUUCGGCGCUCUGGAGUAUCUUUGGUUCGAGAGCUGGAGCCUUUGGAGCAAAUGAUGCUCGCCGAUGACGUCACGGCUCUUCCUACAGGCUCUAUAUGCGACCUGUCCACGGACGCCCGUCGCGUGGUAUGCGCAGGCGCACGCUGGGAGCGUCUAGUGAGUGCGUCGGGAGCGGCAGAUCUCGAAAGGCGAUUGUUCGCGUGUGCUGCGCCGCAACAUCGUUUACUCCCCAGGCUAUUACAUUUGCUGACGGAGCAUGACCCUACACCGAGUUUAACACCGGAACAGGCAAAGUUGACUUCGAUCUUGGAGCCGAUUAAAGAUUUACAAAAUGCUGUUCUGGAAUUGAACGAUGCGUUGAGAUUAGAUGUACCAGAAAUUGAUACAUCCAAAAGCGACGACGAAGACACCAGCGAAUAUGAUAAUUUGUUUGCAAGUGAUCUCGGUGUUGCCAUUGUUACUGAAGCGAUCCGGCAAAUGGCAGAAAUGAGGUGUCGCGUGGUGCGAGGGGCUCUGGCAGCACUGGGUACAGUAAUGGGUGCUGGAGGAGUACCGGGGGCUGGUCACUGCGCAGUUCAUUGGCAGGCGUAUAGGGCACUGUUAUGGCUACACUCUGCUGUACUACAACAAACGACAGCAGGAGGUACAGAAAGCUUCCGUCUUAAGCUAAGCGCUUUAGGCGGUGAAGCGAUCGAGUGGAGCUCUGAGGCCUCGGGUGCGGUUGUACACGUGUACGUGCACGGCGCGGGCGGCGAAAGGGCACGUGCACAUCUAGCCACUGCGAGAGCACAUACAGCUUGGCAUCGCUCUUUACCGCUACUCGCGUACCAUCUUGCACAUCAACUUUGGGCCGUAAGCGGAGGUUUUGAAUUUGGUUGGUGGCUGGCUUCCAUCAAUCAGCCACGGCUUGUACAGAGCUACGUCAAUAUGCUGGAACCCUGGUGCGAGUGGAAUGCUUGUUCCCGUCAAUUCAUCCUUGGUCUCUCGCUACUGGAGCUUGAAGAUUCUGAAGGCGCAUACACAGCGUUCUGUCGCGCGGCGAAAGGAGUUAGCACCGAGCCAUUUCUACGUCAAUUAGUGGCCGAACCACACGAUAGACUGGCUUACCAACACGCCCUUGUGCUAUUUUGUAUGAAAGUAAUUAAAUUGUUCGAGAUUCACGACGCUGGCGCCUGUGUAGUUCGAUUAGCAGAAACUGCAAUAUCAAUUGCUGAUAAGGACGAUCCAAAUCUGGCGAUGUUCCAAUGGGUGGUAUUUAAAUGGCACCUCUCUGAAGGGCGCACAGAACGCGCGCUUUGCGCUGCUGCCGCUAAUCCCGCUCCUCACGCUCGACAGGCUGCUGCCGCUAUGCUACUCACUACGCUCGCGGAGCGUAAGGAACUUGACGCGCUGGUUCGUUGUGCGGCGUUAGCGGGUGAAGCUGAACGUGCCGCGGCAGCUCGAGCCAAGCUACACGACGCUCACACGCACAAUCCAUACUAUGACUUUCUCUACUCACUGUAUCUGUCGAGAGGGCACUUUCGAAAAGCGGCAGCUGUAAUGUAUGAAAGGGCUACCCGUUGCGGCAGCGAACGGGGAGGUACGACUUUACGUCGAAGGUACAUCGCGGCCGCUCUUACAUGCCUGCGAUUGGCCAGCCCUCAACACGCGUUCCUGGCACGGCCCCAUACGAAAGGACACAAUGCUACUCCACAGGUAAUAGGCCCAGAAGAAUUGGCAGCUGAACUACGCGAAGGUGACAUAGAAGCGUUAGAUCCAGUUCAACAGGCUUUAAAAAAGUCAGAGCCCAUAGAUUUUGACACAUUGUACCCAAAAUUAAAGGACGCCGAUCGAGAGACAUUGUUAGCAGUAACAAAGAGAACGAUUAGCACGGGAUACUUUCUACCACGUUGGUUUCUACAAAGAUUUAUGGAUGUGGAUGGUCCUUGCUGUGUCCGCGCUCUUCUUAGUGGCGGGCGCCUUGUGGAAGCAGGUGAGGCUUGCGUGGAUGCAAUGCGAGCUGCGCUUGUAUCGUUGGGACCCACCCACCUUACUGCAGCACCAUUAGCCCUAGCAGACUUGCUGACUGCGGAAUUGCAUGACCAUUUACAUCAUGAACCUUCGAAACAGAUAUAUGAAGAAUUACAGAAAUUAGUUGAAGAAUAUAGUGAAGUGGUAGUUCGAACUUCAGAUGAUAUGAAAAAUAUUCAAAUAAAACAUUCUAUAGUGAACUGAAUUAGUAAGAAAUAAAAAUGUUUCUUUUUUUAAA